UCCACGAAAACAGAUUUAAUUUAAUAUUUAAGAUUUUUAAUAGUUAAUAAAUCGCAAGAGCAAAAUAAAAAGUUUUAUCCGGAGACAACACGCGUGAAAAUUAGAGUGAAACUUACCGAGAAGAAAAAGUGCGAGCCCAAUUUUUGGUUUUCAAAUUCGAACAACGAGCAACUUUUAUACACAUACAAAAAAAAUAUAAAUAGUCCAAAAAAAAAGAUGGCCGGUGGAGAUCCAAAAUGGCAAAAAGAUGCGGCAGACCAGAACUUUGACUACAUGUUCAAACUGCUGAUUAUCGGAAAUUCGAGUGUGGGAAAGACGAGUUUCUUAUUUCGAUAUGCCGAUGAUUCGUUUACCUCGGCAUUUGUGUCGACCGUUGGAAUUGACUUUAAGGUGAAAACAGUUUUUCGUCACGACAAACGAGUGAAGUUACAAAUUUGGGACACCGCUGGACAGGAGCGAUACAGAACGAUUACGACAGCCUACUAUCGUGGCGCCAUGGGUUUCAUUUUAAUGUACGACAUCACCAAUGAAGAAAGCUUUAAUUCCGUUCAAGACUGGGUGACACAAAUCAAGACCUAUUCAUGGGAUAACGCACAAGUGAUUUUGGUCGGAAACAAAUGUGAUAUGGAAGACGAACGUAUCAUUUCAUUCGAGCGAGGCAAGCAACUGGCCGAUCAAUUAGGUGUAGAAUUUUUCGAAACGUCAGCAAAGGAGAAUAUUAACGUCAAGAACUGCUUCGAACGGCUAGUCGACAUAAUUUGCGACAAAAUGUCUGAGAGCUUAGACUCGGAUCCGACCCUCGUGGCAGGCGGCCAAGGACAACGUCUCACAGACCAACCACAACAGGGUGGCACUCCAAAUUGUAAUUGCUAAAAAGUACCUACAACAAACACACACGACUUCAACUAUUAUUAAAAAUGAAAACUUAUUAUUAUUAUAAAUAUAAACAAAAAAAUACAACUG